AACUGAAUGGAAGUAAUUCUGCUGUCGUUUGGCGGUCUCAGGCAUUAUGCUCCUUGGGUGCUAAAUCAUUGAGGUAAAUAAACGAAAUUUUGACCAUUAAAGAAUUAAGGGUCUGGAUUUCAUUUUUAUGAUUUAGGGAUUUAAGCUUGGGAUGCUCGGUAGCUCUGCCUCUCAAGCAUAAAAUAGCAUUGGGUGCUUGUUUAACUGCUACCAAAUGUUCCGUCCUUUUUAUUUAUUUGAAAUAUAAACAGUAUUCUAUAUUAUUAAGGUACCAAGGGGUGUCGCCCAUUUGCCAAUUUACAAACUAGAUGUUCCAUGCUGAGAUUGAUUAUCCUUAAGCCUUUAUAGAAAAUGCAGAAGCCUGCCACUUCCUUUGAGUUUCUUAGCCUUUAUAUAAAUGCAUUGGCCUAUGGGAAUGAUUUUUUUCCAGAAAAUAAUAUGGGAACAAUUUUUUCAAGCCUCAGUUUGGAAUCUUUUCAUGCUUGUGGGGCUAUGAGAAUUUGAGAUAUGUUUAGAAUUAUGAAAUUAUUUAUUGAUCGAUUCUACUUCCUCUUGAUGGAGAAAGAAUCUAUUGAAGGAUGCAAGCUGUAUGUCUCGUCUGAUUCACUACUCCAUCCUUGAACAAGGCUGCAGUAUGCUGGAACUAUUUAUGUUGUGAAUUGUUUAACAAGUUCUGCCACUUCUUGAGCAUUUAACAGUUUGAUGCAAAGACGAGGAAAUUUCUAUCUUACUAUACGCUGGUUCGUUCAGUGGGCUUACUUCGGUUUCUUGGAAAUAUUGAACAAAUUUAGAUUGGACAUAGUAUUGUUGGCAUGGUUAGUUUGAACUGUCAAUUGCUACCUUCAGUGAUCCCAGAUCUAAUAUCUAGCUUGCUACUCAAGUUGGAGUUCGGUGAGGAAAUUUAACAACCUGGUAAUCUUCUCAGCCUAUUGUGGUACAUUGACACCGUGCACUCUGCAAAUAAUACUUCUGCUGUUUGAUUUUGACAUUCCAUAUCAAAUUAAACCCUUUGUUAUGUUUUGGAUGCACUAACUUUUGGGGUGUGUCUCAUGCUUGGGAAAUAUUCUUCCUGUAAAAACGAUAAUCAAGGUGGAACUGGCAGAAUUUGUUUCACUAUGUAAGGAUGCGUUUUUUUCCUAUUCAUUAAAUGGCAAUAUUCCUUUGAUGUGAGUGCUACAAAUGAAUGCAAAGAUAAUUCUCUCCAGUUUGUCUCUCUAAUUAUUCGAGUAAAAUAGCUGUUGCCGAAGUUUGUAAUGGAUGAAAAUGCACGGCCCAUGCAUGCCCCCCUCCACAAAAUACUUAUAGUUUAAUACAAAUUUACCUCUUGGAUUUAGUCCAAAACUGAAAAUGGUCUUUCUUUCUUUCUGUCUCUGAUUAGAUUUCAAUAGCACCAUUGUUGUAUUGUUUACUAGUUCCACAAAUUUUUUUUUCUGGUGCAAUUUCUUUUCUCUUCACUCUUUUCUAUUUCAUUCUAGUUUGGUGGGAUUAGCAAUGGAUGAAAUAUUUCUAUCCCUCACAAUUGACUUAUAGUAUGGCCAUCAGAUGGUAUUUGUGCAACUGAGAGGUAUUUUAUUUACAUCAUCAGAAAUCCUUGCAUGAACAAGAUCCAUUCUUAAAAUGGUGAAAUAUUUCUAUCCCUCACAAUUAUUUCCCUGUUAUAAACUUCAGAGAUCAUUUUUGUUGCUCGCAGUCCUUGCAAACACAAAGAUUCUUAACAAUUCGACUUGGGACCCCAUGACAUGUACUCAUGAGUCCAAGUGCGAUUGCCAGCUUCCCGCUGUGGACGCUAAGUGCGGUCACUUUUUCCUCUUCAUCCAUAUCAAGUAGCAUCUCUGAAUACCCAGUCUUCUUUAUUCGAAUCAACAUGUCACAGAUCACUUUUCGUAAAUUCAUGAACAACUCCAUCAACCUCAAUCAAGCUGCAAAUCUGGGGCUUCUUUAUGGUAAACCUCAAGAAGUUGUUGAGCUGCUCCUCAAGAUUCCGAUGGAUUCUUUCUGCCACUAGCAUGUUCUCUGCUUCAGGUAUGCCACCAGUUCUGCUAAUAUAUGGAAACAACCAUAAUGCUAAUGCUAGUUUGGACUCCAUCUUUGUCGGACAUAGAGUCAAAAGCAUGCAAUUCCUUCACGCACUAGGCUAGCAUGACUACACACACAUGCUAAACCUACGUGUAUGGUUUCCCCUGUUUCUCUGCAUCUCCUGGAAAAAUUCCAGUGUGCUUUCUCAUUGCCUUCACAUUGGGAGACCAAAAAUCAUGACUGUCCAGAUCAUAUCAUCUUUCUCAAGCAACUCUUCAAGUUCCUCUGAAGCCUGUCUAAGCUUCUGCAUUUUGCCUACACGUCUAUACGUGAUGUUCCUAGUUCAACAUCCUCCUCGAUUUUCUCCUUCUCAAUGUAGACAUGCAGCCAUUUAGCAAGCUCAAUAAACCAAAAUGGGUGGAAGCCAGCAACAAACUUGCCAUUGUCACCUUAUCUCCCCGACACUCGACUUGCAUUUCUUGGAAGAGAAGUAAAGGAGCCUCGUAAUCCCUAUCUUCUACAUACCUGUUAAUCAUAAUGUUCCAGCAAAACAAUUAAUUCUCAGGAUCAGGUUGAGUAAAUCUCUAGCAGCCUAGAGGCACGCACACUUGAAUAAACAUCCAUGAGAACCGUAUUGAGCAUUAGAUGAGACCCGAAAGCAUUGUCAUUGAGGGAUUUGUGUACAUGCUGUAAGGUCCCCAGGUCUCUCGCCCUUGAAUAUGCUGCCAGAACAUUAACAUUAAUCAGAGUAACCUCAUUAACCUCCAUUUUCUCCAUCUCCAUCCGGUCAAACACCUUAGUAGCCCGUUCUGGCUGUUCCCAUUGCAUCUAGGUGCCAAUCAUGGUAGCCUGGGUCACAAAACUCUUCUCCUCUACUUUGUCAAACACCUUUCGAGCAGAAACCAGACACUCAGCAACUGGAAAACAUAUUCAUCAAAGUGUUUAUGCGCAAAAGAAUCCAACGAGAACCAAACUUAGUAGAGUGAGAAUGCAGCUGUUCCCCCCUUGCCCCCAAAAGCAGACCUUUCAGGAUCAUUUCCUGAUAGAAAUCAAGCGCACAAGUGUGCGAAUUCUUGUUGGUUUAGCCUCGAAUAAUCAAGUUUGGGAGCAAAAUAACAAUUGACCAAAACAAUAUGUGAAGGGUGACCUUAGGAAUAUUAGAUUAAAAAGUAUAGAAAGUAUUUCUAUAACUUAAUCUUCUCAAUUACAAAACAAAUUAUACUUUCAUUUUCUAUAGUAAUAAGAUUCUCUUCCCGGAUAGGAUUUCCAACAUCAUCCAUUGCUUUCAAAAUUUCUAGAGUACAAAAAUUGGCCUUUUGUUUUAGGCCUCUAAAGAUGUUGCCUUAUCAUUUUGUCUCAUAAAGUACUCAACGCACUAUCCUACAAACUAUUCCUGUUGUGCCCCAUCCUCUGUUUUAAAUGCUUCUUUUACACAAUUCUUUUUUAGAGUAAGCAGGUCUUAGUCUCGGAUUAACUUAGUUGCAGACAUAACCUAAAUCUGUAACUUAUCUUGAAGAUGAGACAAACUGAAAUUAAUUUGGAGGCUUCUUUCGUCACACACACCCCGCAUGGCUCAUGACUCGACACUCCCUCCCCCCUGAAUUAAUUAAUCAUCAUCUCGCUUUCUUCGUUCGUGUUUAUCAGUUAUCACCACCACUAAUCCCAUUUUUAAUUUAAUAAUUUUUCUCCCCUCACACUUCACUUAUGAUUAAAUUAAUACGUCAACUUUAUCAAACCAAAUAAUCAAAAGGCCAAGUUCACCAUCUCCACCGUCCCUUCUCCGACCAUGACGAAACACCUACAUAGGAUUUGUCCCCCUACAAAUUGUUCUCUUCCUAAUUGCUUCUACGUAUCAUGCCACUUUUAACACACCAUUUUUUAACUUAAUUAACUUCCUUAGAAAACAACGUGGCCACCCGCUAUUUAUAUUAUGAUCGUUGGAUUGCCACCCCAAUAAUUUCAACAUCUGAUACAAGAAAAGAAAAGGAAAGGGUUCUGACAUGGAUGAUUGUCGGAACUCCACGAUCAAUGUUGUCGGAUUUUGCCUUCUCCCCUGCGAGCUCAUACAAAAUAUCCUCCUCUACCUUACUUUACCAGAAAUCAUCCACAUGAAAUUAGUCAACAAAUCAAUCUUCUGCACCAUAUCCGAACAGAAUUUUGUUCGAGAAUAUAAUCUCAGAUCAAAAUCCGCCACGUGGCUCUUCCUCUACAUGAAACGGUGGCGCCGCGAUGCCGUUCUGCGCGGCUUCUCCGAUGAAUCUCGCCGGUGGUUCAAGAUUUCUGUAACGGAGAUGCUGAAACAAGUAGUCAGUCCUGGUGAGGAUGUUUAUUUCUUGAAGGCUUCUGGUAAUUUCUUUUUGUUUGCUUCUAAUACUAGCCAGGUAGUUAUUGCCGUUAAUUUUGUCAGCAAGACGGUUAAAAAGAUUCCACCGUGUCCGUUGGGUCCACGUGGCACCUCCUCGUGGAGACGGUCCGGGAUGAAGGUGGUUGCCUGCCCCGACGAAUCCGGGUCGGAUCAUUUUCGGUUUUUGUUUGCAGAGUUGGUGGAGAACCGUCCGGUUUUGUUCGAGUACCGGUCGGAUUCCAACACGUGGAAGUCUAGACAGGCGAGAGAAAGCGUGGAGGGUCGGGAUUGGUCGCGUGUUGGGAGUGAUUGGGUGUUUCUGAAUGUAUCGAAUGGACCUUACGGGAGCGUGGUGGUUGCGGUUGGAUCGGACGAGGAACUGGUGGUUCUACGGCCGAGAUUCGACGGAGGGAGGAGGAGGCGGCGAGCUGUGGGUUUCACGCGGGUUAACGCAAUGGAUUGGUUACACGUGUACGGUGAUGGGUAUAUGGCGUUAGUAAGAUCGUGCGGUGCGAGCGAGAUGAAGAGAAAGGUGAGUGGCGUGGAAUUGUGGGGGAUGUGCCGUAAUGGGAGGCGGUGGGAGUUUGUGAGUGAGGUUCCGAGUGAGAUAAUGGAGAAGAUAAGUAAGGGUUAUGGGGUUAUGAUGGGGUGCGUAGAGGAACGAGAUGGGAUUAUCAGAGUGGCUUUAAUUUCUAAUUCUGAGGGAGUUUGGGAUAUUGUGUGGUUAUCUUAUGAUAUGAUCAGAGGUGGGGGCCAGUGGAGUUGGGUCCCACUCCCCGAUUGUAAGAUGAUCAACGGCUCAAAUAUGGCCGGGAUCACUUUCUCCUCUGGACUCACCUUGUCCUGAUCACAACAACCCAUUAUAAAUUUAAAA